AUGGUGAAAGAAACCAAAUACUACGACAUAUUGGGCGUGAAGCCGAACAGCACUGAAACAGAGUUGAAGAAAGCCUAUCGAAAGCUGGCGCUGAAGUAUCAUCCUGAUAAAAAUCCGAGUGAAGGUGAACGGUUCAAACUUAUCUCGCAAGCUUAUGAAGUACUGUCUGAUCCACAAAAACGUGAAAUCUACGAUGAAGGAGGUGAAGAAGCCCUGAAAACUGGAGGAACCGGAGGAGGAUUUCAGUUUUCUUCUCCGAUGGAAAUGUUUCAGAUGUUUUUUGGCGGAAAUUUUGGUGGGGGAAGAGGUAGAGGCAGUCGUCAAAAUCGAGGCAAGGACGUUAUUCAUGAGCUUAACGUUCCUCUAGAAGACUUAUAUAAUGGAACUACAAAAAGGCUUGCAGUACAGAAAAGCGUCAUUUGUGAUAAGUGUCAUGGUGCUGCACGUCGUGGCGGUAAAGAAGGGACAGUGCAGAAGUGUGCCAACUGCAAAGGUUCCGGCAUACAGGUGCGAACUCAUCAAAUUAGCCCCAGUAUGAUUCAGCAGACGCAGACAGUUUGCAGCGAAUGCCAUGGAGAAGGCGAGGUUAUUCCUUUGAAAGAUCGUUGUCGCUACUGUCAAGGUAAAAAGGUUGUCCGCGAAAAAAAAAUUCUGGAGGUGCACAUUGAUAAGGGCAUGGAAGACGGCCAAAAGAUUGUGUUCAGUCAGGAAGGUGAUCAAGAACCCGGCUUACAAGCUGGUGAUAUAAUAAUUGUUCUUAGCGAACAAGAGCACCCAAUUUUCACCCGUCAAGGCCGGCAUUUAUUUAUGAAAAUGGAACUGGAAUUGGUAGAAGCUCUAUGUGGAUUCCAACGAGGCAUAACUACGUUGGAUGGUCGGCAGCUAUUGAUUUCUGUUUUGCCAGAUCGUCGAUGCGUACCUGGCGAAGGCAUGCCACAGUACAAGAAUCCUUUCGAGAAAGGAUAUUUGGUCAUCAAAUUCUUUGUUAAAUUUCCACCGCAAAAUUUCCUACCUCCGAAGCAACUGGAUGAACUUGCAAACCUUUUACCUCCACGUGAAGAGUGCAUAAUACCGGAUCAAGCGGAAGAAGUUUAUAUGGCUGAGGCGGAUCUUUCGAGGGAUGGUUCAAGCCGCAGAGCGACAGCGUAUGAAGAGGAUGAAAUGCCGUCCGGAGCUCAGACAAUGCAGUGCCAUCCUCAAUAA